AUGGACAAACUUAAGGAGAAAAUCAACAGCUUGAAAUUAGAUUCUGAAAAAUGGCAAGAAAAGUCAGAGGAGUUAUCCGACAGAAUCAAGGAGUUGGAGCAAGAGAAUUUGGAAAAAGACAACCAGAUCCAAGCUUUGACCAGAAAGAACCAGGUUUUGGAAGAAGAAACUGCCGACGAGUCGCACUCUUUAAAGACAUCCAAUGAAAACUAUACCAAAAAGAACCAAGUCUUGGAAGAGGAAUUGGAAGAAGCCGACAAGAACUUGAAAGAGACCACUGCUAAGUUGAGAGAAACCGAUAUCAAGGCCGAGCAAUUGGAAAGAAAAGUUGCCAGUUUGGAAAACGAAAAGGAGGAGGCUGAGAAGAAAUACGAGGAUUUGACCGAACAAUACAACAAGGUCAAGGCGGAAUUGGAUGAAAUCAGCCUACAAUUGGAGGCCAUCUAA